GAUGUAUGGAUCUGUUGGUCGAGUCUGCUCCAUUCACCUCUCCUGGAGGAUUGUUGUCAUUUUUUGGUAGCUAGCCGUCAGAGCUAGCUCGCCGCUUGAUUUUCUUUCCAACAUACUUUGAUCCAGCAGGAUGUUAGUAUGGAGUGUGUCCCAGUUCUGCCGGACAGCCUGGUGUUGGAGAUCUUCCUGCGUCUGCCCCACGAUGCUGUGCUGAGAGCUGGUCUGACCUGCAGACAGUGGCUCGCUGUCUCCAGAGAUGAGUUCCUUUGGAGGGAGCUGUUCUACAGCUACUACCGCAUUCCACGCUCUGUGCCCAGACAUCCAGCGGCGGUGUCGUGGUACAGGGAGUUCAGGCGUCUGUUCGACUGUAUCCCCUGUGUGGAGGUUCAGACGCUGAGAGAGCACAGUGACCAAGUCCUUCACCUGGCUUUCUCUCACAGGGGUCACCGGUUCUCCUCCUGCUCUAAGGACUGCACUGUGAAACUAUGGGACACAGAACGGCAAGAUGGCAACAUCGUUAUGGUGCACAGCUCCAGCAUGCGUCAGUUCAACUGGGGCUACACUCAGUUCUCCCAGUUCAACGCUGAUGACACCCUGCUGCUCGUGUCCGGGGUCUACCUGGGCCCACACCACUCCUCGUCCGGGGAGAUCGCCGUCAUCAGCUUGGAAAACUACACGCUGUUAUCACGUGUGAGGAACAAGCCGUACGAUGUUUUCGGCUGCUGGCUGAACGAGACCCACCUGAUCUCUGGGAACCUGCAUUGGAUCGGGAACAUGACGUCGUGCUCUGUGCUCUGGCUCAACAAAGCCUUCCAGGAUGUUGAAUCAGAGAACGUCAACGUCGUAAAGCGCCUUUUCAAGAUCCAGAACAUCAACGCCAGUACCAUCCGCACGGUGAUGGUGGCCCACUGCCGCCGCCACGACACCCCAGACCUGCUGCUGGACUACGAGGCUCAGUCUCAGGCUCGGCGGCAGAAGGGGCAGCAGCAGCAGCAGCACCAGCCUCUCCUCUUCGACCUUGGGACCUCCGGCAGCGAGGAGGAAGACGAGGAAGAAGAGGACGAGGAGCGUCAAAGGGAAGCAAAGUGUCAUGGCCUUUGCACCGGCCGCCUUCCUCAGCCCACUUACUCUGGCCUGGAGCAUGUUAUACAGAGUCGUAAAAAGGUCGGAACACAAGAGCUGCAGAUUGAGACGCACGUGGCUAAGAUGAUGGGCAGAUCGUUCACAGCGCCUGCCUCUGACUUGAUCGAGCCGUCUGAGCCUGGAGAGGGAGAGGACAAAACUUACUUACUCUUCACCACUGGCAGCCUUACUUACUCUCCUCACCAGAUAGGUAUUAAGCGGAUUAAGCCCGAUCAGAUGACCACGUCCGGUCCUGUUCUCGGGGAGGAGCGGAGUUCAGAUGAGUUUUUUGAUUCCUUAGAUCACGUCAUCGACAUCCAUGGACACAUUAUUGGAAUGGGCCUUUCUCCAGACCACCGGUACCUUUACGUGAACAGUCGGGCGUGGCCUGCCGGGUGUGUGAUCUCAGACCCCAUGUCGCCCCCACCCAUCGCAGAGGAGAUCGAUCUGCACGUGAUCGACCUGAAGAGUCUGAGGGAGGAGAGGAGGAGUCUACGCGCCCACCGAGCCUUCACGCCCAACGAUGAGUGCUUCUUUAUCUUCCUUGAUGUCAGCAGAGACUUUGUGGCCAGUGGAGCAGAGGACAAGCACGGCUACAUCUGGGACCGACACUACAACAUCUGCCUGGCACGUCUGGCGCACGACGACGUGGUGAACUCGGUGGCGUUCAGCCCCGCCGACCAGGAGCUGCUGCUGUCCGCCAGCGACGACUCAACCAUCAAGGUGUGGCGCUCACCACACAUGGUCCGCCUCGCUCAUACCUCCUCUCGACCGCCGAGGCCCCGCAGCGUCCUGACGUCCUGGCUGAGCCGAAGCAAGAACUCAACGCCUGCCAGCAGUGUGAAUGGAAAACCAUGAGUCAGGGUUUGGAAAAAAACACAAACAUGUGCAGCGGGAGGGAGAGGGAGGGGAAAGUCUGAUCUUUUCCUCUGUGGUGUGAAUAUAAUAUACCUACACUCCAUGUAUAUGUACAGUGUGGGAAGAGUUGGUGGUUUUGCUUGAGCUCACAGUGUUUUUGACACACAGAAGUGCUCGUUUACUUCAGCUGAAGGAGACGGUUUGUGAUGUGACUCAGGGUUAGACACAAGAGAGCGCCAGAGCACCAGCACAAGGACAGGAAGUAGCACAGACUCUGAGUGCUGUGGACAGGAGUGAUGUGAGUUUUUAUCACAGAUAGAGAUAGAGUAGACACCUAAACGCACAAGACAGACAUCCAAACAUGUUCCCCCAAGAGACUUGUGUUGCCUGUUUUUAUCUUUCUGGAUGGGUCAGACACAGGAACCAUGGACCUGAGGUGUAAUUGUGUGUAAAUGUUCUGCAGAGAUGAACCCUUAUGUCCUGCUCAUCAGAGGCAAAAUGCUGUACGUGAGAAAAAAAAUCUGAAAUGUUGUGUCUUAUUUAUGGAUGUAUCCAAUUGAUGUCUUGAGUCACAAACCCUGUUUCCAGAGAAUCAAAAAAAAAAAAAAAGGGAAGCCGGCAUAGAGCUGCCUGCUUUAGCUUCAUCCCAACACAUUGUUUUUGUGCCCCUGGAAUGACAGACCGCUUUUCUAUUCAACGUAGAAUUAUUCAGUCAUUUGAUCUACAAGAGUUUCUAAAAAGUUUGUGUAGCUAAUUGUUAUUUGGACCUAUAUAACGUAGACGUUUAUUUUAUCACCUUCAUUAAAUCGUCACGCAAAGCCGCAUCCUUUAAUUUUUGACAUAUCAGGAUUGGAUUUUUACCUCCUGGACCUUUUUUUUUUUAAUAUAGCAUUUUUUGUCUUUCCCCAUCAUUACAGAAGUUUGUUUAAAAUCCAUGUAUGGAGUGUAAGGUGCAUGGAUGUAUUGAACAUGCACAGAGCCCCUGUGAAACGGUUCUGUCAGAUCUCUUUGGGUGUUUUUAGAGCAAAAAAAAGAAGAGUCACCACUACACUUUCCUUGAAAUGUUCCCUAUUGUGUUCUUUUCUUUAACAUGACACAUUUUUUUUGAACAUGUUGAAUCAUAUAUUUAUAUAUAUAUAUGAUGUUCAUAUAUUUAUGGACUUUAUAUGCCCUUAAGGCUACAUUGUGCAUGAUUGUGUGCUUGUGACGAAGUAAAAAAGGCCCCCUCAGAUGCUGUUCAAAGGACACAUUAACAUUAAUUGAUUUAAAGGUACAGUGUGUAAUCUUCAGCAGCAUUCAGCAGAACAGACUUGGUAGAAACAGUAAACGAUAUUCAUAAGUAAGUUAAAAUGAGUGUCAAAGCCUCAAUUUAAAUAUCUUUCUAAUUGUUAACUAAGAAUGAGUCUUUUAUAUCCACAUAGGAGCAAAUCUCCUUCCUCAGAGGCCGCCAUGUUUCUACCGUAGAACAGAACGGACAAACUAGUAACAUGUGCUUUUUUGUAUUUAGUGAGUGGCCACACAAAGCGCACUGGUUGGAAGACAAGAAAAAGAGAUUUGUUGUGUGUAUUGGGGGAAGGUUUUGAUGGUGGAAACUUGACUUAUGGAUCAUGCAUCACAGGAGCUUCUUGUCCUCGAAGGCCACCGUCGCUCCAACGACGGGAGGGGUGAGAGCAUGGGAGCGUUUCUAUUUCUACACACUGUACCUCUAAGUGGAUAUUCUAUGGGGGUAAAAAAAAAUGUUGCUGUCACAGUUUGGAGCAGAAUUGACUCAGGGUAAGAACAAUAAACAAAAAGAAGAAUUCACAGACAUUUCCAGCCUUACAAUAACACCACAUUUGAUGACUUCGACAUGGUAUGCACAUUUUAAACAACCUAAAAAGAUCAAAGGAUUUCUUGAAGUUUGUCGCGUAAAAUACCCAAAAUUAAUUUAAAUCUUCAUCAUUACAAAAUCCUAAAUACUGUGAAGUAGUCUGAUGAUUAGAUCAAUUGAAAAAGUGGAGACCCUCCUCUUAAUUGCCAAAUUGGAAUCUUUUUUUUUCCCCCACCUUUUAAAGAAUAAAUAUUUGUGUGAGCGAGGGUUACCCCUUCUAUUCCCAUCAUGCACGUAGUCUCUGUUCUUUCCAGUCUUAUAGCUCGGUGUCUCCAAUAAGAACAAAAACAAAACAAAAAGUGACACGUCUGAUGUUUUGUUUACAGUCACAAAGAGGGUCAGGUACUUUACCCGGUAGGUGUUUGUGACGGUUGAUAAAACCCUAAAACACUAACAUAUUUAUAAAUGAUUUGGUUGUAUUUGCAUGUCCAUUUGUAAGGAAACUGUGUGGAUUAGUCCCUUCUUCUUCGGCUGUCCCUUGCCACCUAUUGAGCAAUAUCUUCCAUGUUUUUUCCAGAUGUGUGUGAUAGGUCAUAAACUCUCUCCUUGCUUUUCUUUUACAACUUUCUUAUACGUUAUUUUGACUGUAGCUGCAUCUUUUUAAUCAUGUUUCAUGUCAACCUCUGUUGUUUUUUUUGGUACACCCCUGAAAUAAAAAGCAUGCCAUGAAAGCCCAGGUUGUUAUUGCAAAUGAGAAUUGGUUCUCAAUUAACUCACCUGGUUAAAUAAAGGUUAAAUAAAAAAUAAAAGGCCAGAAGUCUA